AUGGAAGUCACCAACCAGAAUGAAGAAAAGUCCUUUGAUGUGAAGGAUUCGGAUUGCACUAAGGAAUUUCUCAACUUGAUCAACGCUUGUCGCCUCACUUUUCUCUCCGCCAAUUCGGCAGGAGGCAAGGGCGGUGUUGCAGGCUGGUAUUGGCGAAUCGACCCCAACGCAGGCAAAUGCUAG